AUGAAAACGUUUGUGCUCUUUUCCUUGGCUUUCGCCUGUCUGACUGCUCACGUGACUGCUGCUAACGAGCAGAGGCUAUCGGAGCAGGGCGAUGUGGAUAUAGAAACUGAGUUAGACAACAAAGUGAGAUCUGUCCGGGCAACUGGAGAGGAAGGCGGUGGGGAAGAAGGCGAAGAGGGAGAAGGCGAAGAAGAAGGUGAAGAAGAAGGUGAAGAAGAAGGUGAAGAAGGCGAAAAAGAAGGUGAAGAAGAAGGCGAAGAAGCAGAAGGAGAAGAAGGACAAGAAGAAGGUGAAGAAGGCGAAAAAGAAGGUGAAGAAGAAGGUGAAGAAGGCGAACAAGAAAAAGGUGAAGAAGAAGGCGAAGAAGCAGAAGGAGAAGAAGAAGGAGAAACAGGAGGCAGCGAACCGGAAGGAACAGAGGGAACAGAAACUACAGAACUGACAGAAACGGAAGGUGGUGGUGUGGAGGAAACAGAGAUAUCUGGUAGAGAAAAACGACAGGCCUUGAAACCAGAAAUAGCGGAGCCAGCAUUGGCGAGUGGGAAAAAGCGCAGCCCUUGCACUUUACUGCGAAGAUGUUUGCGAAGCAAAAAACGAUCAUGUAGACGUCUGAGGAAUAUCAUCCGUCGUCGGGUGGGUGGGAAAGGCCACAAACCGGAAGAGAAAAACCGCCAAAAACGACAAGUAGCUACGAACGAGGUGACUGCAGCGACAGGAAAUUGGGCCAAAUACAGAAGCCUUUGUCAAGACACUCUGAAGACACCAGUCGUCUCGGACAUUAUAAGAGUUAUCCGAACAGCAGAACAAGGGGGGAAUGGUGAAAAUGGUGGAGACAAACAGACUGGGACAGAAUCCAACAGACCGGAAACAGAAGGAACCGAAUCUAUAGGAGUGCAAGAGAGUGGGGAUAACAGUGGAAGAACAACAGUGGAGGCAAAGACCAUGGUGACGUCACCACCAUUGGGUAAACAGAACAAACCCCCUAGAAUCCUAGCACCAACAUCAUACACUGGCGAUCAACUCCCUGUCACUGAUCUCCGCAAGCUCGGAGACGAAGCUGCCACGGUUACGUGUAUGAAAGGACCAUUCUGGGUGCUCCUGCAUAUAUCCUUGCGUUGCAAGCCCACAAUGAAGAUGUCUAUAGCCUUCCUCGUCGUUCUAGUCUGUCUGGCAGUGAAUGUGCCGGCACGGAGCCUGUCUGGGUCGGAAAUGCAGGGUGCUGUUGACGAAAUGGCGUCAAACGACAAUUUGAUGCCAACGUUACCGGAAAACACAGGAGAAAUAAUGAAUAGAGAUGGAUCAAAAGUCAGCGGCGAGAGUAUGGAAAGUACGGAGAGUGCGGAGAGCAAGGCAAGUGCGGAGAGUUCGGAGAGUGACGAAGAGGGAGAGAGCGACGAUGACAUGAAUGACGAAGAAGAAGGCGAAAAAGAGAUGGAGAGCAAAGAGGAGAGCGAAGGCACAAGAUCUGAAGAACCGUUAAAUGGAGAACCGCCUGAGGGGCCUUCAGUCAGUGACCCCACUGGUGAGGAAGGCGGUGAACAAGAAGGUGAGGAAGGCAGUGAACAAGGGGAUGGAGAAAAUGUUGAGGGCAGACGGAGACGCAGUGCAAUGACAGGUGCUGAACAGGGAGGCCAAGAAGAGGGCGAAGGUGGUGAAGGAGAGAGUGGGAAAGGCGGUGAAGAAGGUGGUGAGCAGGGAGGCCAAGAAGUGGGCGAAGGCGGUGAAGAAGAGGGGGAGGAAGGCGGUGAAGAAGAGGGGGAGGAAGGCGGUGAAGAAGAGGGGGAGGAAUUCGGUGAAGAAGAGGGGGAGGAAGGCGGUGAAGAAGAGGGGGAGGAAGGCGGUGAACAAGAAGGGGAAGAAGGGGAGGGAGAAAAUGGUGAAGACAGACGGAGACGUAGUGCAACGACAGGUGCUGAACAGGGAGGCCAAGAAGAGAGCGAAGGUGGUGAAGGAGAGAGUGAGAAAGGCGGUGAAGAAGGUGGUGAGCAGGGAGGCCAAGAAGAGGGCGAAGGCGGUGAAGAAGAGGAGGAGGAAGGCGGUGAAGAAGAGGGGGAGGAAGGCGGUGAAGAAGAGCGGGAAGAAGGAGAAGGGGAAAGAGAAAAUGGGGAGAAGGAAGAUUAA